AAUAGCAAGAGCUGAACUUGUUGACAUUAAUUAUAGGGUUUCAAUUUCAUCAGAUCAAUAAUUUCCCAAUUAACAUGACUCCUUACCAUCCAAGGAAUAAAUUUAGUAAGCUGUCGGACCUGCGGUCACCAAUUUCAGUUUUGGAAGCUCUGCGGUUAUGCACUAGAAAUUAUCACAUUCAAGGCAAUCAAACCUGAUUUAGAUUUUUUUUUUUCCUAGAAGUGGGAUGUCAGUUACCUUAUCUUCUGAGGACAUUUUGAAAACGUAAAAUCUACAUCAUUUACGGAAAAUCAUUAUCUUCUCUAGUGCACAGCAAAGUUUAGGCUUGAUUAUUUCCAUUUUCAAGCUAAGUGAAGCAUCAAGAUUUUCUGGCCAAGAAGGGAAACAGAAGAAAAAAUCAUCAAGAAUUUUCUUUUAAAUAGCCAGCAACGUACUUCGAGGCACACGUAACUACAUUACUCCUCUCUGCUCUCCUUACUAUCUUCUGAGAACAUUCAUUUCCUUUAAUCCCAUCACUCAUAUUUCUCUGUUUUGCUAAGGUUCUCUAGAUUCCAAUGGGAGAUUAUCUGAAUGUCCCGGUAUGCAUCUGUUUUUUUUAAUAUGUUUAGUACCCAUAGUUUCUUUUUCAUGGUUUUCGAUUUCUUUGCAGACUUGUGUUCUGAAAGUGAAUAUCCAGUGUUGUGCAGCAUGUCCCAAGAAGGUGAAGAAAAAGUUGCAGAAAAUCAAUGGUGUGUAUGCUAUCGACAUAGAUACCAAAAAUGGAAUGGUGUCCGUUCGGGGCAUUGUCCAACCCUCUAUACUCAUCCAGACAAUAUCAGAAAAGGUUGGCAAAAAAGCAGAGCUUUACUCCUUUGAGAAGAACCCCAAGAUUCAAAACGAAAUGCUAGACCAAGGCAAUAGUUGUUCUGCUUGUAAAUACGAGGAAAAGAACCAAACAUGUUCUUUUACCACUGAUGAAUCUAACGACCAUGAUCAGGCUGUCCUUAAUGAAGUUAAGGACCCGAUACCAGAAGUGCCCGAAGGCUCACUUUCUUGGCAUCAAACACAACAUCGCCUGAGAAAGAAGAAACACAGGUUUGCUGGAUGGAUUGGCAAGAAGAGUACUGUUGAACCAAGAAUGUUUGGCAAUUUUGGAGGGCCAAGGCCAGGAUAUUCAAGGCUGCCACAUGCAGCGACGGUGCCACCACUAUCACCUCCAACUCUUCCACCGCCAUCAUAUAGGUAGUAUGGACAGCAUCCACCACUUUAUCCCUUCUCACCACCUUAACGGAUAGCAAAGCUGCCGUGGCCGUAUCCAUAAGAUUUCUGUGAGAAGAGGGAAGGGAACCACCAGUAGGCAACUCUGCUUUUCACUCAUUUCGUAAUGAUAAUGUUAAUGCUUGCAGCAUAAUGUGAGCUGCUCCAAACGUGAAUUACUUCAUCGAUUAUCACGGGAGUGUUUUUCUAUGUUAUCCUAGUAGUUUGAUUUUUAUUCUUUUUUCCUAGGCAUUUAUAUGAAACUGUCAACAUUCAUCUAAAUUGACCGUUUGAGUAUUCGAUAUUUCAACAAUAAUUUUCUGUACCUUCAAAUUUUAAAGGUUUCCACGUGUCUUUAACGUAUAAUUAACUAUGUAUAUACGGAGAUAUGUUCAAACAUGGAAAAUGUUAGUCAUCAGUGGCCAAAAUAUAUAGAGAAAUGCUGUUACAGGCAUUGUAUUACCAUGGAAAACCGUUACUUAAAUUUCAAUUUAUGAUCAAACAGAUGCAUGGCUUAGCUUAGGUGACGAAGCUGCACGUGCUUGAAAGAGAAUCUGGGUGUCUUGGUUCUCGCUGGUAGCUGGUGGU